UCGGCACAUCAGCUGUCAAACAUGGGCAAGGGAGACGGCGGCAAGAAGAAGAGCAAGGGCAAGCCGAAGCAUGGCGAUGAUGCGCCUGUCUUUGCUGAUGACGAUCGCUUUGCCCGCAUGCAUCAUGAUCCUCGCUUCAUGAGUCGGCCCAAGAAGGAGCGCAAGGUCAAGAUCGACCACCGGUUCAAGGCCAUGUUUGACGACCCACGCUUCCAGACACAGGCAUCCGUUGACAAGUACGGGCGCAAGAACAAGGUCUCGCAGGCCGAGGAACUGUCAAAGUUCUACGAGCUCUCGGGCUCGGGCUCGGGCUCGGGCUCGGGCUCCCGAGUCGGCUCGGGCUCGGGCUCUGGCUCUGGCGAGGCUGCUGGUAGUGAUGUCGAGGCCGGAUCUGGCUCUGAGACUGAAUCGGUCUCGGGCGGUUCCGAGUCUGGAUCCAGCAGCAACAAGCCGAUGUAUGAUCCUUCGCGUGGUAUCGGGAUCAUCUCCGAGUACUCCGAGUCCGAGUCUGAGGAUGAGGAUGCGGCCAAGUUUGAGGAGGAGGACUCGAGUGUGGAGGAGGGCUAUGUGGUGCAGGACACAGUGUCGAAGGAAAAGGUGCCGGUGGGAGAUGCGCAUCGGCGGCUGGCGAUCAUGAACUUGGACUGGGAGUACAUCAAGGCUGUCGAUCUGCUGGCGAUCCUGCAGUCGUUCUGCCCGCCGGCCGGCUCAGUCAUCUCGGUCACCAUCUACCCUUCGCAGUUUGGUGCGGAGCAGAUGGCAAUCGAGGACAAGCACGGACCGCAGCUUGAGGAUCCCGCCGAGGAGGGCGAGGAGAAGCUGUACAAGGUCGACGCCGAGUCGCUCAACCAGGUCAACGACGCAGCCAAGGAUGAGGUCGACAAGGCCAAGCUCCGGGCGUACCAGCUCCGCAAGAUGCGGUACUACUACGCCGUGGCCGUGGCCGACAGCGUGGAGACUGCACAUGCGAUCUACGAGCAGGUGGACGGGAUGGAGCUUCUGCAGUCGUCCAACUUUAUGGAUCUCCGCUAUGUGCCGGACGAGGUCGAGUUCAACGACUUUCCGCCGCGCGAGACAGCGACGACGCACACUAACGUCGAACUGACGUGGGACACCACGCCGCACGAUCGGGUCAAGGUCACCCAGCGCAAGUUUACCAAGGACGAGCUCCGUGACAUGGACUUCAAGGCGUACCUCGCGUCGGUCUCAGACUCGUCGACCGAUGACGACGAGGCAGAGGCCCUUGCCACUGCCGCCAAGGCAGCCGAUAAGCUCGACGCCGAGGAGCGCAAGAAGAUCAAGCGCAAGUCCAAGCGCAACAAGUACCGUUCGCUGCUGUUUGGCUCGGGCGAGCAGAAGAGCAGCGCGUCGUCGUCGGACGCCAGCAGUUCGGGCGAGGACGACUCGGCGUCGGACUCGGACGUGUCGUCGUCGAGCUCGAUUGCCCCCGCCAAUGACGAUGGCGACGUCAUCACGUUCCAGACCGGCGUCCGCUCCGAGGUCUCUCAGCUUGUCCGCGCCAAGCUCGCCGCCAAGCAGGCCGACGGGGACGACGAGGGGACCGGCAAGGAAAAGGAGCGCCGCCGGGAGUACCGCCGGCAGAGGAAGCUCGAGCUCAAGCAGGAACAGCUAGAGGCUGAGCUCGAGGCUAAGAUGGCGGGCGGCAAGAAGCGCAAGCGCGGGAGCAAGCCCGGCGACGAACUUGAUGCCAAGGCCCGGGCCCAGCUCGAGCUCCUCAUGUCAGGCUCCGGAUCUGACUCGGAGGACGACGGGACGGGCAACUUUGACUUCCGCAACGUGGUCAAGGCAUACAAGGAGGAGACUGCGCCGAAGCGCAAGCGGCGGAAGCGCGGCAAGAAGCAGGCGGAGAGCGCGAGCAAGGCGUCGAGCCAGUUUGAUGUCGAUGUCAACGACUCGCGCUUUGCCCCGCUCCUCACCUCGGCCGCCUUUGCCAUCGAUCCCAACGAUCCCCGGUUUAUGCGGACGCGUGGAAUGGACACCAUCCUCGAGGAGCGCCGCAAGCAUAGCGAGGCUGUUCGCGAGGCCGAGGCCGCCGAGGCCCGCGCCGGCGGCACCACGGCCACCAAGACUGAGCCAGCGAAUGACGGUAACGACAUCAAGUCGCUUGUCCAGCGCGCCAAGGCCCGGUCCAAGCGCCGUCGUCGGCGGCGGCGGUGA